AUGGACAGUCUACUGGAACGCAUAGAAGACAACAAACUGGACGCCCUGUAUUUGUUCAUCAACGAGACAUUGCGACAGCAGGAUGAAUUUGAUCGCUUCAUGGAAUCCUUGCAAACCGUAUUGCCACUCAAUUGGUCCAUUCAGCGUGUGGAAAUUGGACACCAAUUCUUGAGCAUGGUACAAGAACAAGGCAAAUUGUUCAGUCUGGUAGCGUCUCUGGAAGGCUUGCGGACCUUGAUCAUCAGCGACGGGUACGUCCCGCGGAAGGAUCGGGGCAGCAUCGACACGGAAAUAUUCUUUGACAAGAUGAUCCAGGCACGGAAUUUGCAAAUUUUGGAUUUGCAACGAUUGCAAUUGACGUCCAUCGAACAAGUGGAAAUAUUGGAAGAUUUUUUGAAAUUGCAAGAGUCCCUGGAAGAAUUACGAUUGACUGGACUGUACGUCUCUCCUGAUAUUACUUUGGAUCCUGCCAUUGAAGCCUGCUGCGAAAUGCCCAAUUUGAGGAGUCUUUCCUUGUCUGCGGCCAAAAAGGGAGAUUCCAUUUGUGCUCCUCAACGGGACAUUCCCAUGAUUGAAGAUGGAUUGCAAGAAUUGUUGCAAGGAUCCACGACGAUUCAAGAUUUGAGUUUGAGGUCCAUGCAUUUGAAAGACGAACAAUGUUUCAUCAUUGCGGAAUCAUUGAGUGGAAAUAGCUUUUUGACAUCGUUGGAUUUACGUCAAAAUGAUGAGAUUACCACAACUGGAUUUGCGGCCAUUUUGGGAGCUUUGGAACGAAAUUACUCGUUGUGGUGCAGCGUCUUGGUGGACCACGAUACCUAUCAAGCCAAAUUCAAUUCGCUGAUUGAAUUGAAUGCCGCCAAUCGAGGGGAUCUCAUUCGAAGUCCUACCAAACAAAAAUUGAUUGCCUUUUUGGAUGCCCUGAAGGAUGAUCCAACGGCGCUCUUUUAUUUCUUUACCAUUCACGAAUCUAUCUUGAGGCCCACGGUCAAGUUUUUACUGUACAAGUAUAUCUUGUUGGAACAGAAAAAGGAGGUUGCACCAGCAAAAGUAGCGGUAGCAGCAGCAGCAGCAGCAACAACAACUGUAGCAGCAGCAGCAGCAGCAGCAGCGUCAAUUCCUACCACUGCUACUUCUAUUUCUGUUGAUACAACAACAACAACAACACCAAGGAAACGGGCCUUGGAAGAAUUGUUGAUCCAAAAAGUUGUCCAAGAAGGGAAUUAUGAAACAUCAUUCUCAUCGGAUGCUGCGGCGACGCAAGCUUCUGUCAAAAAGACAAAGAUAUUGACUCCCACUACAGAAGAUGGCGCACCACAAUCAUCAUCAUCAUCAUCAUCGGCAGCGUCGUAG